GGAGAGUACUUCCCCAUCCAUUCAUUUAAGCCUUCUUCGUCUCCGCCGAAACUAGAUCUAAAGAUGGCGGAGCAAUGGAUUUUAGAUCUGACCAAAGAGCUCCGGCGUCCACAUGACCCGCUGGAUCAAGAGCUGUAUGCCAAAUCCAUCUAUCGCGUUCCCAAAAUCCUCACAGACGUGAACAGCCAAGCCUACGAGCCCAAGCUCGCAUCUUUCGGCCCUUACCACCAUGACUGCCUCCAUCUCCGUCCCAUGGAGCAACACAAACACCGCGCCCUCAUUCAAUUCCUCCGCCGCAUCGCUAAAUCUUCCAAAACCCCCGAAGAUGUACUCGUCGCCAUGAGAAAUGUGGAACCCCGUCUCCUCGCUUCCUACGACAGCCUUUGCAUGGAGUACGAAGAGCAGGACUGCCUGGAACGAAGCCGUAUCCGCCACCGCGACUGGUGCAAGGAGAAGGACGAGUUCCUUAAGCUAAUGAUCGUCGACGGCUGCUUCGCGUUGGAGGUCAUGCUCGCCGAGAAGAGGUCGGCUGCAGCGGAACAGAGCGAAUACGACUCUCACGAUUCGGUUUUUGGAGUGGGGAGAAAAAACUAUGUGAUUCCAGAUCUCAAGCGAGAUAUGUUUCUCCUCGAGAACCAGAUCCCGUUUUUAGCCCUCACUACUUUGGCGGCUAUCGAUACAUAUCAGAUUGGAGAUGUCAGUACUCUAAUCAAAACUUUCUACAACGUCUCUUCUGCUUCACCUGAUUUUGGGUUAACUGAUGAAGGCUUCAAGGGGCCAACCGAACGGAGCUUUCACAUCUUGGAUCUGUACAGAAAGAUCUUGACAGGGGAGGGAGAGUAUCUUCCGAGCUAUGAAGAGAAUGUACAGUCGGCUACGGAACUCAGAAAUGCUGGAGUGUCAUUCUGCAAGAGCAAAACUAAGUCCUUUAGAGACAUCAGUUUCAAUGGCGGCAUUCUGUCACUGCCGCCGCUAGAAAUUGAUGAUACCACUGAGUCAUUGAUGCUCAAUCUCAUGGCCUUCGAGCGCCUGCACGCGACUGCAGGCAAUGAAGUGACAGCAUACGCUUUCUUCAUGGAUGGGCUCAUCAAUACUGCCGACGAUGUUGCUUUGUUGAGGACGGAAGAGAUAAUUAUGGGGUGGGUGGGUUGUGAUGGGAAUAUAGCCAACAUGUUUAAUAGGAUUACAAAGGAAGCAACUUUGGUUGUUUUCAGAGAUGAUAUACAGGUCGAUGUGAAUCGUAGGCUGAAUCAUUACUGUAAGAAAAGGAUGCACAGGUGGAGGGCGAGCUUUGUAGAGACAUAUCUGAAGAAUCCUUGGGUCUUCACCUCACUACUUGGCGGAUUAUUUCUCUUGGCUCUCACUAUAGUUCAGACUGUGUACGCGAUGCUGCAGUUUUAUGAAGCCUAGUCAUGAUUGAAAAAGUUUUGAGAAGAUUUUUGUUUGGGUUAUGCAUGUUAUCUUAGUUUUAAAUUAUUUGAGAGUUUCAACUUUCAA